UACUCUACUGUUUCGCGUCUCACAUUUUCUCCAAGUUCCGUGUUACCGUGUAAUUUAGUGUGUAACUGGAGUUAUAGUGUGUAAAGUACUACUGAAAAUUGACCUUUAAAAGAUUGAAGAAAUUUACAAUGGCUGUUGAUAUGUCUGCUAUAGGGUAUACAUUUGAAGAUAUCCAGGGCAUGGCUAAUGCAAUCCUAAAGCAUACCCCUCUCCGCCCCAAGGUGGGUCUUAUAUGUGGAACAGGUCUAGGAGGAAUAGGAGAUGCUGUUGAAAAUCCUGUAACAAUUCCUUAUGAUAAAAUACCCGGAUUUCCUGUCAUUACAGUGGUGGGGCAUGCUGGGAAAUUUGUGAUAGGCACUUUAAAAGGAAAACCAGUUCUUUUAAUGAUGGGAAGAUUUCAUUAUUACGAAGGACAUCCUAUGUGGAAGGUUGCCAUGCCAGUCCGUGUCAUGAAAGCCAUGGGGAUAGAAACCCUACUGUUAACCAAUGCCGCAGGUGGGCUAAAUCAAGACUACAAGACAGGUGACAUCAUGCUCCUGACAGAUCAUAUUGAUCUACCUGGUCUAACUGGAGAAUGUGUGCUCAUUGGUAAAAAUGAUGAAAGGUUUGGUCCAAGAUUUGUUGCUACCAAUGGAGCCUACGAUGUAGAUCUGAGGCAGAAGUUCUUGAAGGUAGCCUCUGAUUUGGGUCACGCCAAAUUAAUGAGGGAAGGUGUUUACAUUAUGAUUGGUGGACCCACAUUUUCCUCGGCAGCUGAAGCUCGUGUGCUGCGCAUGUUUGGAGCUGAUGCUGUUGGAAUGAGUACAGUGCCUGAAGCUGUUGUGGGGCGCCACAGUGGUAUGCGUGUGUUUGGGGUCUCCCUCAUCACUGACAUGGUGGACCUGGAUGUGGGAUCUCAGUUUCAGGUCACCCACGAGGAGGUUUUAAAGACAGCCAAUGAACGAGCCCAGCUAAUGCAAAAAAUGUUCCUGAACUUUGUACAACUUAUUGACUAGAUUUGAUGUUAACUACUUUUAGAGAAUAGUAAUGUUAUCGUUUUAUAAGUAGAUAUCUUUUUACGAAUGAAACAUUGUAUAAAAAGUAAAUUAUACACAUUUUCUGUGAAAAGCAAAUCAUAUAUUUUAUGAGUUAAACAUUACUGAAAAUUAUAAUUUUGCCAUAAAGCAAUAAUUUGUGGAAACAGUAUGUGAACAGAUUGAUCCAUUGUAAACAUGUAUGCCUUCAAGCAAAAGCUCAAUGUUUUUUUGUUUUUAACUCUGUCUUCAUCAGAGUUGUAGCAGAUUUGUAUAACCAUAGGAAGCAAAGUUUGUGUUGUAGCAGAAUUGUAUUACCAUAGGAACAUAGUUUGAACUCUUGAAAUCAAUUGUAUCUUUGCUUAGAAAUUUUUUUUUAUUACAUUUAACAGUUAGAUUAUAAUAGUUAGCUUUUCAGCAAUGAUUAAUAGCUGUAUUUUACAGAAAUGUUAAAGUAUUGUGUUUACUAAUAAUGUAUAAACAGUCCUUGCUCAAACUUGUAUAUUUAUCUAAUUUUUCAAUAACUGACUUAGAUUUCCAGAAAAUGACCAGAGACGAUCCUUUUUCAAAAGUGAUAAUUUUACACUUCAUUUGUUCUUCUUUAUUUUAUGGGAAAGAGGCUGUAUUAUUAGGACUUGGAGAUUGAGCAGCAACAAUAUACAUGUCAUUUUUAAGUUAAAUAAACAUAAUAAGAGCAAAUUAUUUUGGACAAGCUUGACAUUUUUAUACCUUUCUAGACAUCAAUGUUUGAUUCCAUUUUUAUUUGUUAAUGCAUCAUUUUCUCAAAGUGCUUCCAUUUAAGUUUUAUUAGUAACAUUAAUUGCAUUUAACAAGAUUAUCUGAUAUUCAAGAUUACUCUUGUGGUGAAUCAAAUAGUUGUUCAUUGUGAUUUAGCUUAGUAAAAUAUUUUGAUGGAAACCUAGCUGCUCAAUUGAAAAAAAAUCAAACUUUGUUUUUAAGUGUCCUAUAUUUGAGGCAACUAGUCUGAUCUCAUGACAUAAUAUACUUUCAUGUAGUGCUGUAAAAUGCCAUUUGCCUGAGAGAAUUGGGUCAGACUCAGCAUUUACAGUACACUAAAUAUUGUAUUCAUUGUAUAGUGUUUUAUUUUUGUAAUCUUUUAUACAUCUUUGGAAAUAGCUUAGUAUGUGCUAACAUUCAAUUAGUUUUAGAACUCAUCCUAUAUAAUUUUUUUGGUAUUAUAUUGGCUACAAAAGUUAAAUUUAUAAUGAUUCGUUCAGUAUUAAACAGAGAAUACUUUUACGCAACAUUGUUUUUUUUUUAAAAAAUUAUUUUUGUAUAAUCAAGAUAAAAAUCAAAAUUAUUUUUUUUUGAGUAACACAUCUCUUACAAUUUGUAAGCAGCAGUAAACUCAAUAAUUGCUGUAGAAUGUUAAUUAAAUGUUAGUCAAGUUCUGUAACCCAGCAGUAAUUCAUGUAACACUGGAAAUCCUUAUAUAAUAACAUUAUAUAGUUUUAUUUGACUGUUGUAAGCCAUCAUUAUAAAAUCAUAGUUUAUUUUAUAAAAUGAUACAAUUUUUUUUCACUGCCCCGUGCUAAACUAAUGUAGGGCUUAUCAACAGAUGAUUUCUAUAUUUCUAUUAUAUAUAUUAUAAGCUUUGGUCUAUUCUUUUGUUGACCCACAUCUAAGGCAGUGAUUUCGUUCAAACUUUCCAGGCUCUGGAGACUAUAUAAGAAAAUGUCAUUUGUAAUCUAAUCAAAUAUUAAAGCAUUCAUUAAAAAUCAAUUUUAAAAGAUCACUAAAUUCAACAUCAAAAGGGGAAAUAAUAAAAUUAUGAACUAUUUACACACACCUGAGAUUUGGCCAACUGGUAACCAGGGACUGAUAAUUGUUAAUUGCCAGCUAUUGGUUAGGUUUUAAAGCUAAAUUCUUUAGUUCUAAAGUGAUGAUUGUUUUUGAAAACAGAUAUUGACCUCUAUUUAACUUUAUUUUUAAUUCAGGAUUACUAAAAAGAAGAAAAUAAACCAAGUAUACAAACCUUUAUAAAUAAGCUUUUGAAUAUAUUGAAAAUAACACUAAUUUGCUUUCUUUAGUAAAAGAGUUGGUU